CAUUACCCAGCGACCCAGCGCUGGCCAAUGGUGUAGUGAGGUCGAGGAGGCGCGAGCCAGAAGCGAAGUGCGAGGUCGGGUAAAGUCGUUAAAAUGGCCGCCUCCAAGGAAUCGAUUCUUUUGAUUCGUGGAGUUCUGAGAGAAUUACGGAAAGCAUUCCCGGGGAGGCCCCUGCGUGACCACCUAGCCGUGCGGUACCUGCUGUCCGAAGCCCGCCGUCACCAGGUGACCGAGAAGAGGCUGUGCCGUGCCCACAUGGAGCUCCAGGGACAAACGGCCACGUACCUUUGCUACCUGGCCAGCACCCGAAAGGGACAUGAGUUGCAGCAGCAGUAUCAUGGCCGGAAAGAAAGGAGUGUCGAAGAAUCUGCACGCUUGGUUGGACUCGCCCUGCCUAAGCCUCCCGGAGACACCAAAGACUGCUGAGUGCUGAACGUGUUUUGUAGAGGGCUGUCGUAGGUCACCUGAGACGAGCGCUCACUUGUCUAGAUGCAGUGGUCACGAUUAAAACAAUGUUUGAGGCA